AUGGGUAAAGAUAAGAAGAAAGACAGUAAAAAGGGGGAGAAGUCUACGCCUACUCCUGCCCAUGACAUGUCCAUGGAAUUAGCAACUUCCAACCAGAAUGUCCCACCUCUUGCAGACCAGGGGGACGAACACUUGGCUACCCACGUAGCUUCCAAAGAAGAAACCAAGGACCCAGAGCCCCCUCCAGCCCCUGAACCCAUUGAGUAUGAAGAACCAAUCCUCACACAACUCAUUGUCGAAAGGUACGAGGGAGAAAAGGUCCGUGGAUUAUAUGAAGGGGAAGGAACUGCCUAUUUUCAAGGAGGCAACAUAUACAAGGGCAUGUUUUCGGAAGGCCUCAUGCACGGGCGAGGGACUUACACUUGGAUUGAUGGAGUGCAGUACGAGGGAAACUUUGUGAAGAACCUGCAAAUGGAUCAUGGCAGUUACAAGUGGCCAGAUGGGAGCAUGUAUGAAGGCGAGGUGAAGAACGGGAUUAGACACGGUUUUGGCAUGUACAAAUGUGGCACCUAUCCCGUUUCGUAUAUUGGCCAAUGGGUUGAAGGCAAGAGGCACGGCAAGGGCACCAUUUACUACAACGAAGCAGGUUCUUCUUGGUAUGAAGGAGACUUUGUGAACAAUAUAAAAAGUGGAUGGGGGAUAAGAUGUUACAAGUCUGGAAAUAUCUAUGAAGGCCAAUGGGAGAGAAACCUGCGCCAUGGAGAAGGACGAAUGAGAUGGCUAACAUCUAACCAAGAAUACACUGGGAAGUGGGUUAAUGGCAUACAGCACGGGUGUGGUACCCACACUUGGUAUCUGAAGAGAAUUCCUGGGUCACAGUAUCCCCUCAGGAAUGAAUACGUGGGAGAUUUCGUCAAUGGCGAUCGGCACGGACACGGGAAAUUCUUCUUUGCGAGCGGAGCAAUGUAUGAUGGAGAAUGGGUUUUGAAUAAAAAGCAUGGCAAGGGUAAGCUAGUCUUCAAGAAUGGCCGUGUGUACGAAGGCGAAUUUAACUACGAUCACAUAGUGGAGUGUCCAGCCUUGCAAAUUGACAUGACAAAUAUGGAAGAACUGAGCAACCAGGGUCUGAAGGGCUCUUCUGGCAUAGAUAGUAUCAAAGUUGUUGAUCACCCAGGAAGUUCAUCUACAUCAGGGCCAAACAUUGAAAUAGAUCUGUCAACUUUGCUGGCCUUAUUUCCAGAAAAAGAUAAGGAAGAUGAAAUCAAACAGACGGAGUAUGCUGUGCUGAGACAUAUCUCCAAGCUGAGGAGAAUCUACACCUUUUACAGCAGCCUUGGCUACAACCACUCCCUCGAUAACACCUUCCUGAUGACCAAGCUGCAAUUCUGGCGGUUCUUGAAGGACUGCAGAUUUCAUUACUGCAACGUGACGCUGGCUGCGAUGGACCGGAUCCUGAACGAUAAAACAUUACUGGAAGAGAUUCAUUCUCCAUAUGAGACUUUGCUCCUUAGGAUGUUUUUGACAUAUCUUAUUUAUUUGUCCUUCCACAUUUAUCACAAGGAGUUUGAUGAUAGAAGUCCCCGCCUGUUCAAGUGCUUCUCCAAGUUGAUGACCAAGAAUAUUAGUCCCAAUGCCUGCCAUGUCAAAGGCAUUUUGUUCAGUGAUCGACAGCAAGCAGUCUACGCACUCAGUUACAUUGAUAAGUGCUGGGAGAUUUUCCAGGCGUUCUGCAGACCUAGAGCUGUAGCUCCUUAUGAACCUACAAUGAAGAUGAGAGACUUCCUUUGGAUGCUGAAAGAUUUAAGACUCAUAAGCAAUCAACUAACAGCUACCAAGGUUGUGAAUAUUCUAGCUAAAGACAGCCCUUGUGUCUCUGAUGGAGAGUCCACUAAUUUGGAGUGUGAGCUUGUCUUCCUUGAGUUCUUUGAAGCUCUAGUAGACUGUGCCCUUAUUUAUGUCACCGAUGAGAUGUUGAAGCAGCAAGCUGAAGAAGCUAGCCAUGCAGUAACAGUUUCUUACAGAACAGAUGAGUUCACAGACAGGACUGGAGUUUCCUCUUUGCCUCCCGAAAUGUCCUCUCCUCAGUCCUUUCGUACCAGAAGCACCAGCAGCGAUGAAGCAAGCACUGAAGCAGCCACUGACGUCAGCACCAGCCACGUUAGCACCAAGUGUUCCUCGAGCAAGAUUGUGCAUUUCGUGGAAGUGGGCAAGACCAAGAAAUCUGAAGGCCAUAAAAAGGGAAGUCAUAAUGCCAAAAGCAAGGAGGGGAAGAAAGAGGAUAAACCCCACAAAAGUGGGAAAUCCCACAGCAAAGGAAAAGCUGCUUCUCCCCCAAGCGUGGCUGUGAAUAUCGUGUUUUCUCCUAUCCCAGAAGAGAAAGAAACCAAGGCUGAAAGUCUGCCGAUUUUAGGAGGGGAGCAGGAUAGAAACCUUAGUUAUCCAAUGAAGGAAUUAGCAGAACGGCUUGAAAAACAGAAAAACGAGCAAAAGGACAAGCUCAAUCUGUGGAUGAGUCAGAUGUACAUUUUCUUUGUCAACCAUUUUUUCGCCAACUACAAGAACUUGCAGCUGGUGAAGGAAACCAUGGUAGACAACAGAGCCCGAGAAGCCGAGCAUUUGGUGCUGUGGAAAAUCCAGGAGGAGGAAGAAGAGGCCAAGCUGAAGGCUAUGCAGGAGGCCGAGGAAGCCAGGAAAUUAGAAGAGGCUGCAGCUGAGAAAGCAGCCUUAGAAGUAGAGGAGAGUUUGUGUCGUGAAGCGGAGGAAAGCCUGAGCCAGCUCCAGUCUCCUCCCAAAGAAGAAUCUCCGGCUUCGCUUUCCAUCCCGCCCAGUGGCAAGGCAGCCGUAGCAGGGAAGAAGAAGAGGAAGUGAUAAGAGGAGUUGCGCGGCCACGAUCGACUGGCACCGAAUCUCAGCGCUGCGAUACAGAGGGUUGGGAGCAGCCUCGAGGGUGAAUGUACUUGUCUUAUGCAGAUUAAAGGGGGAA